UAACGAUGGCUCUCGUCAAAAGAGAUCAAACUCUUCAAGAAUGGGGAAUCAAUAAACGACAGAGACUUAAACUUCCAAAAAUUGAUGACACACCACAACCUACCAUUGACUAUGAAAAACUUCGAAUGCUUUGUAGCAUUGAAGGCCUAAAAGGAAGGGAGCAAGCUGAGUCAACCGAAGAAGCCCAUGAAGAAUUCAUGAGGAAUUAUCAUCAAAUAUUUGCAAAGCCACCUAAAAAAUCUGGUUACCCUAACCACUCAGAGAAAAGAAGUGAACAUAAGUCUUCAGCUGCCAGUUUUACCAACAGAGCUACAGGGAAAUCCUCGGAGGUUGUGAAACCUAAAGGAAAGGAAUAUCCAGUUGAUGGGAUGACCCAUGAUAUCCGAGACUAUAUGCCGCUUUAUCACAAACAGAGGAAGAGCGAGGACCCAGAACAUGUUAGACUUGACAACCUAAGGACACUCAGGAAGCUGUUCAGAAAAUUACCAUUUGAGAGAUCACUGCCAGAAAUAGAGAAAAUAUUUUCCAUUCUACAAACAUUUAAUUUCUUUAAAGACAAGAUUCCUUCCAAAGUCCUAAGAGAGCUUUGUGUUGUUGGGGUUCUUGAGCAAUGGAAAGAACCAGGUUUCACAGUGUUUGGAAAGGCUGGGUUGCAUAUGGUGUUAAGAGGAGCAGUAAAACCAAUUACGAACCCAUACUUAAAUGAGAAUAAUGAAGUUCCUGAUUCACGUAGCUCCACCCCUUUAGUACCAGAGGAGACCCAAAAGGAGUUAGUUGCUGGUGACUGUUUUGGUACCUUAGUAAAAGUCAAAAGAGAACAAGGUUCAAAAAUAUUUAGUGUAGUUACUGUACAACCAAAUUGUGAAUUCCUGAAAAUAUCGUCUACAGACUAUAUGAGGGUGAUAGAGCAAAUCAAACAACGAGAACACACAGAAAAGGUGAACUUACUUUUGUCCUGUGGUCAGUACCAAAUGUGGCCAAAACAGCCAGUACUGAAAGUAGCUGAGCUUAUAGAAUGGAUGAGUGCUCCUCCAAAUUCAUUGCUGGUCAGUGAGAAAUAUAAAGCUCCAUACAUAGGCUUCAUCAAAAAAGGAGUGUGUCAUGUCCUAAAGCAAGUGGAAGUCAUGCACACCCACCCAAAUGGAAAACGGGAGAAGAAAACAAAGCAGGUUGUUGUAGGAAUACUGAAGGAGUCGCAGUCAUUUGCUGAGCUGAGUGUACUCCUAGACGAAUCAAUAGACUGUACAAUCCUCACAGAUAAAAAUGUAGAAUUAGGCAUUAUCCGAAAAGAGCGAAUUAAAGAAUUGGAUGAUGAUACCAAAAAAUUAUUUCAACAGUCUGCAGAGCCAACCUUUGGUAACCUUAAGAAGAGUGACAUUCAGGAGGAAUACAUGAACCAGAAGCUGAAGAGUGAAUGGUCUCAGUUUAAAAGAGGUGCGGUGAUGGAUGUCAUAAACUCCAAAGGAAUAAGACCAGGGUAUGGAAAGUGGUCCAUGUCUGCUGGCAAAGAAAAAAUGUAACAAUGUGUGCCAAAGUAUUGACUAUAGAAGACUGUGAAAUUGAUUAUGUGGAAAAAAAAUGAAAUCAUGUCUAACCUACAUAUUGUGUUCUUUG